GAUAUUCACUGCAACACUGCCGAGAUCAGAAAACACUUACUCAGUACUACAUUAUGGGAUACAUGACUUCCGCAACGUCACCAAUGACACGUCUUCAAAAUGGCGGCCGCGGCUAUGGAGACGUGGAGGGUCCUGCUGCUGUUGUCCCUGUUGCCUGUGGUCCAGCCCUUCUAUGUUCCUGGAGUCGCUCCCCGGGACUUUCAUGAGGGUGACGUGGUAGAUAUUAAGGCAGUGAAGCUGACCAGCUCCCGUACCCAGCUUCCUUAUGAAUACUACUCCCUGCCUUUCUGUAAGCCAGAAUCUGUUUUCUACAAGGGAGAGAACCUUGGUGAGGUGUUACGUGGGGACCGUAUUGUGAACACCCUCUACAAUGUUGAGAUGAAUAAGCAGAAGAAAUGUGAGAUGGUGUGCAGCAAGAAAAAACUCACCAUAGAAGAAAGCAAGCUGUUUGCUGAGCGAAUUCAGGAAGAGUAUUAUGUUCACCUUAUUGCAGACAAUCUGCCAGUUGCGACCAGAUUAGAGUUUUACCCCAACAGAGAAGCAGCAGGGGAGGAGGAGCAGAAGAAAGAUGUGGUCAAAGAUAUCCAGUUUGAACAUGGCUACAGACUGGGCUUUGUCGACAGCAACAAGUUUUAUCUGCACAACCACCUGUCCUUCAUCCUGUACUUCCACAAGGAGAAGCUGGAGCAGGGGGAAGUUCACAACUACAGGGUGGUGCGAUUUGAGGUCAUACCACAAAGUGUAAAAGUAGAUGAUCUCAAGGCUGUGGAAAAUGAUAAAACUUGCACCUUGCCUGAGGCCAGUGGCUCUGCCCCCCAGGAGAUAGACCCGACCAAGGAGAAUGAGGUCCUCUUCACCUAUUCUGUCCACUGGGAGGAGAGCGAGGUGAAAUGGGCGUCUCGAUGGGACACGUACCUGACCAUGAGCGAUGUCCAGAUUCAUUGGUUCUCCAUUGUCAACUCUGUGGUCGUUGUCUUCUUCCUGUCUGGUAUUCUGAGUAUGAUCAUUAUCAGGACUUUGAGGAAGGACAUUGCUAACUACAACAGAGAAGAUGACAUAGAGGACACCAUGGAGGAGUCAGGAUGGAAGAAUGUCCACGGUGAUGUCUUCAGGCCACCUCAAUAUCCCAUGAUCCUCAGCUCUCUGCUGGGUUCAGGGAUCCAGCUCUUUUGCAUGGUCCUCAUUGUCAUCUUUGUUGCUAUGUUGGGCAUGUUGUCUCCAUCCAGUAGAGGAGCCUUGAUGACCACUGCUUGCUUCCUCUUCAUGUUCAUGGGUGUAUUCGGUGGCUACUUUGCUGGCAGAUUGUACCGCACACUGAAGGGCCAUCGAUGGAAGAAAGGAGCAUUUUGUACUGCAACUUUGUAUCCUGCAGUGGUUUUUGGAAUCUGCUUCAUCCUCAACUGUUUCAUCUGGGGAGAACACUCAUCUGGUGCUGUUCCCUUCACCACAAUGCUGGCCUUGCUGUGUAUGUGGUUCGGUAUCUCGAUGCCUUUGGUCUACCUGGGCUAUUACUUUGGUUUUCGCAAACAACCAUAUGAUAACCCAGUACGCACCAACCAGAUCCCUCGGCAGGUUCCGGAGCAGCGCUGGUAUAUGAACAAAUUUGUAGGAAUCCUGAUGGCUGGGAUCCUGCCAUUUGGUGCCAUGUUCAUCGAGCUCUUCUUUAUUUUCAGUGCCAUCUGGGAGAAUCAGUUCUAUUACCUAUUUGGCUUCCUGUUUCUAGUCUUCAUCAUUUUGGUGGUCUCCUGUUCUCAGAUCAGCAUUGUAAUGGUUUAUUUCCAGCUCUGUGCAGAGGACUACCGAUGGUGGUGGAGAACUUUCCUGGUUUCAGGAGGCUCUGCGUUCUAUGUCCUCAUUUACGCCGUCUUCUACUUCGUCAACAAGCUGGAUAUUGUGGAGUUCAUUCCCUCCCUCUUGUACUUUGGCUAUACGGCCCUGAUGGUCCUGUCUUUCUGGCUGCUAACGGGCACGAUUGGCUUCUAUGCAGCCUACAUGUUCAUCAGAAAAAUUUACGCUGCAGUCAAGAUUGACUAAGUCAUCACUGACGCUGCUCUUGUUAUUGUUGUGUUGGUUUUUUUUUUUUAAAUAUAUAUAUAUAUAUUUUGUCACAUUCUGUCUUUUAAUGUAUAUAUUUUUUAUUCUUCAUGUCCAACAAGCACUGACUUGUGUGUCGAGGGAACCAAGAGGGUUUUUUUUGGUUUUUUGGUUUUGUUUUUUUUUUCUCUGCACAACAUCCCCACCCACUGGCCUAAUGGGGAAGAACAGCAAGUUGGCAGAGCGAAACCAGCUAUUUCCUUCUUUCUCCCCUUGCUUCUAUGCCCCCCCCCCUUCCAGGACAGAAAUCCAGAGGGAAUUUCCCCUCUGAUGGGACUGUUAAUGUCUUCUGCUGUCUCACCUUGCACACAACACAGUGGGCCAAAGCUUGUUAAAUGAUACCUUUUUGUCAUUUGUCAGCAUUUUUGUCUUUUUGUUUGUGUAAUGAAUCUAACUUAUCCAGGUUUUUAUUUUUCAUCACACGAUUUAUCUUUGAUUUCAUUUCUUUCAGUCUUUAUCUGAUUUCCUUAUAUAAAUUCCUUCUUUCCUCCAAGGUCUGUUUUCACAUGUCACUUUGGUUUCAGUUUGGAGACUAUGGAGAUGGAGAUCAGGGAAGGACUAGGGAGUCUUAAUUGUGGUUAUGGUGUUAAAUUUGUUUUGGCGAACUGAUGUGGAUGGAAAUUAUGCUGGGAAGUUCUGCAUUGUAACAGAAGAAGGAAGAGAAGAAUUAAAUGUUCUAUAUUCUUUUUUUCUCCA